AAAGUCUCUUUAAUCUUUAAAUUCUUGUAAGCUCCAGUGAAAAUAUGCAACUACUGUAUGUCAACAAGAUACCCAACUCGAUCUGCCUGUGAGGUCAUCAUGAGAUGCCAUGGCUUUACCACGUGAGGGUCGGAUAGCAUCAGUUCGCUAAGCGCCCUCGGCAGGGCUCACCUACAGUACAGCCCUCAAUAGGCAUCAUGGAAUGUCUGAACUUAAAGGAUUUGUUCACCGUUGCGCACUUCAUAAAGACCAGGUGUGAGCACGGCCUGAAAGCUGGUGAAAACAAGGAUAAGAAUUAUGUCUUUUUUGAGGUGGAGAUCCUGGACCCCAAGAGCAAGGCGCAACUCUGCUACCUGGAUAAGGUGGAGCCCAGUGCCACCAUCGCUGAGAUCAAGUCUUUGUUCCACAAAACAUACCCCAAGCUUUAUCCAUCACGACAAGCACUGAAGUUGCAUCCUGAGGGAAAAGCCCUCAGUGAUGAGGAUGUUUUGGAGGAUCUGCCAGUGGGCACAACCGCAACAAUGUUCUUUCAGGACCUCGGCCCACAGAUAGGCUGGACUAUGGUCUUUCUGGCAGAGUGUCUUGGGCCGCUAUUUGUUUACCUGCUGUUCUACUUUCGGCUUCCAUACAUCUACAGACACGAAUAUGACUACAUCCGAAGUCCACUUAAAGUUGUCAGGCUGGCUUGCUGGUGCCACUGUCUUCAUUACAUUAAGAAGCUUGUGGAAACUAUUUUUAUCCAUCGCUUUUCUGACGGAACAGUACCUUUACGCACCAUCAUGCUGCUGUGUCUGUACUACUGGGGAUUUGCAUCAUGGCAGGCGUAUUAUAUCAACCAUCCACUCUACACCCCAGCAACAUAUGGGAGGCUCCAGAUUUACUCUGCACUGGCAGUGUUUUUGCUCUGUGAAUUCGGAAAUCUUUCAGUUCAUCUUAUUCUGAACCGAAUCAGCUGUAAUGGUUCCAAGCCUACAGAGAUUCCGUAUCCCACAAAUAAUCCAUUCACAUGGCUCUUUUUCUUUGUGUCCUGCCCAAACUACACAUAUGAGGUGGGAUCAUGGAUCAGCUUUGCAGUCAUGACACAAUGUGUUCCAGUUGGAGUUUUCGCAUUUUUGAGUUUAAUUCAGAUGACUAUAUGGGCUCGGGCAAAGCACAAAACCUACGCGCAGGAAUUCAAAGACUAUCCUGAGCUGAGAACGGCCAUCAUUCCACUCUUCUUCUAAGAUCUGCUGGAUGGAGGAUGAGUCUACAUGCACUUUUGUCACUGGAUGCCCCACCAAACAUUAUAUUAUAAACUGCAUAAAUACAUCUAUUGUUUUGAUCUUUUCAGACACAUGAGUGAAGUGUGAUGUAUGGCACUUUCUGAAGUGUGAAAUUGUAAUUACAUUAAUUAUGAAGAGAGGCGUACUGAGCAUAGACUGAGAGAGUCGGUAAAAAGGAUCAAAGAGAAAGUAAGCUUUUUUUUGUGAAUGUGCAAGACGUCUGAUUCAUCGGCCGCUACGUUGAAAUACCAAGAAGAGGAAGAAUAGUGCAGUAAAUGGGAAAACUGUUUGCUAUACAAAAGAGUGUGUCAAUAAUUAGUACAAUAUUUUAAAUUAAUGUUUUCAAUAUUAUGAAGCAUAACAGUUUCAUACAUCUAAAAAUGAAGUAAUUAUCAUUGGAUGGCAAAUUCGUUCAGUUUAUAAAUGGCUGUACCCAUUAUGUGGUAAAUGAGGUGGAUACUAACAGUGACUUUUAAAAAUACAGUCUUCUAAUGUGCAGGUGGACUAUGUGUGGAGUGAGUCUUGUAUGAGUGUAAUGCAAAAACAUGAUGUAGAGUGAGACAUCGAUAUCGAUUGUUGAUUUUUGUAUUCCAUUAAAGCGUUUUGCAGAA